AUGAAUUGCAUAAGUUGGAACUGCCGUGGAUUGGGGAGACCACGUGCAGUUCUUGAACUCACUGAGAUGGUGAAAAAAUACUCCCCUUCAAUAAUUUUUCUCAUGGAAACUAGAUCAAAAGAUAGUACUCUAAAAAAUCUCAGGUCAAAACUGAACUUGGAAAAUGUUCACAUUGUCUCUCGGCACAACACAGGGGGCGGCUUAGCUUUGUACUGGAAGAAUGGGACUGAUCUUCAUAUUCUUGACUCUUCUCCUUCUCACAUAGAUGCAGUAGUCAAUUCGGGAGUAGAUGACGCUUGGCGGUUCACCGGUUUUUAUGGAAACCCGGUAACAGUCAACCGGGAACACUCUUGGAUACUUCUUAAGCAUUUAUGCCUAAAAAUGGAUCUUCCUUGGCUCUACUUAGGAGAUUUUAAUGAAAUCAUCAAGGCAGAAGAAAAAAUAGGUGGUGCUCCUCGUAGGGAAAGGCAAAUGGCAGAUUUCAGAGUAGCUCUUGAUUUCUGUGGUUUAUGUGAUUUGGGGUAUGUUGGCUCUCCCUAUACAUGGUGUAAUAACCAAUUUGAUGGGGUGGUAACUUGGAUUAGAUUGGACAGGGGAGUAGCUACAACGGCUUGGACACAGCUUUUUCCUUCAGUCAGAGUUCAUCACAUUGCAGGUUCGCUAUCGGAUCAUUGCCCUCUGUGGGUGUGCUCGGAUGACGAGAAUGUUAGAUUUUACAAGAAGGGAAGACCUUUCCGCUUUGAGGCAGUUCGGAUGACUGAUGAUCGUUGCGAUGGUGUGAUUAAAAAUGCUUGGGUUGGGAAUACCUUAAUCAAUCCAAUGGAAAGGCUGGUGGGGAAAGUUGAUGUUUGUCGUUCCUCGCUUCAGACUUGGAGCAAACUUUCUUUUGGUAACAUACGUAGACUAUUGAAUCAAAAGAAAAAGCUUCUUGCUCAAGCCGAAGCAUUGUCCAUGUCUGGUAGGAAUCAUGAUCAGAGGUCGAGAGUGGAUUGGCUGAAGGCAGGGGACAUGAACACCAGCUAUUUUCACAGCCGUGCAAAUCAGAGAAAUAGAAAAAAUUUCAUAUCCAAAUUGGUGUUAGAAGACGGUUCAAUUAUGGAGGAAGAUCAAGGUAUCGGGGAAGCCUUGGUGGGAUAUUUCGACAAUUUGUUUAAAGCUACCCCUUCCUCCAACCUCGACUCUCUUCUUCAUGGUAUUGAACUGAAGGUCACAGCUCAAAUGAAUUCAGAAUUAACUCGGCCUUUUUCUGCGCUUGAGGUGGAACAAUUCUUGAAACAAAUGAAGCCUUUGACAGCCCCUGGUCCAAACGGUAUGCCUCCUCUUUUCUUUAAAUCUUAUUGGAGCAUUGUUGGAAAUGAUGUAAUUGAAGCUUCUUUAUCUGUUUUGAACAAUGGUGUAAUGCCUGCUAAUAUAAAUCAUACUUUCAUUUCUCUCAUACCUAAAAUAAAUGCCCCUACCAAUCCUAAAGACUUCCAGCCCAUUAGCCUUUGCAAUGUCAUAUAUAAAAUAAUCUCCAAAACAAUUGCUAAUCGCCUUAAAAAAAUCAUCCCCAAACUUGUGUCGGAAACUCAAAGUACAUUUAUGUCCGAACGCCUUAUCUCAGACAACAUUCUCAUUGCCUAUGAAACGUUACACCACCUUAAAAAUAGAAGGAAGGGGAAGUCGGGUCUAAUGGCUUUGAAAUUAGACAUGAGUAAAGCUUAUGACAGGGUUGAGUGGAACUUUCUAGAAAAAAUCAUGGAGCGUUUGGGCUUUGACAACAAAUGGAUUUCCCUUGUUAGUUGCUGCAUUAGAACUGUAUCUUUUUCCAUUAUGGUGAAUGGCGAACCUCGUGGAUUGAUCCACCCUAGUAGGGGUCUCCGCCAAGGAGACCCUUUAUCACCUUACCUGCUCCUUUUAUGUGCAGAAGGGCUUCAUGCCUUGAUCCAGCAAGCAGAAAGCAGUGGAAAACUCCAUGGAGUGUCCUUGUGUAGAGAGGGGCCGAAGGUGUCUCAUUUGUUCUUCGCCGAUGACAGUUUGCUAUUUUGUCAAGCAAACGACAAUGAUUGCCAGUCGGUGUUGGACAUUCUUCGCACAUAUGAACAAGCUUCGAGACAACAAAUCAACCGGGGUAAAACUCAAUUGUUUUUUAGCUCAAACACAAAGCAGCCCACCCGCAACAAAAUUUCAGAUUUGUUUGGUGUUCCAACGGGCUAUACGGGGGAGGCCAGAAAAAUCCACUGGGUAGCUUGGAACAAGCUUUGCUUGCCAAAAUCUCAAGGAGGUUUGGGGUUUAGAGACAUUGAAAAUUUCAACCUGGCUUUAUUGGGCAAACAGGUUUGGCGCCUCCUUCAUAACACCGACUCUUUGCUUUAUAAAGUCUUUAAAGCUAAAUUCUUCCCUAACUGCUCCAUAUUAGACACUAAUGUGAAGCUUUAUGGGUCCUUUGCUUGGCAAAGCAUCCUCAAAGAAAGGGAAAUUGUCAAAAGUGGUUCAAUUUGGCGUAUUGGCGAUAGGAGGCAGGUUCGUAUUCGUGGUGAUAAGUGGCUGCCUGACAAGUGUGCGAGUAGAGUGCUAUCUCCUCAGAAAAAUCUGCCCAUCAAUGCUCGGGUCUAUGCAAUCAUUGACGAAGAUGCCCAUUGCUGGGAUGAAGAUCGUGUAUGUGUCGAAUUCUCCCCCCAAGAAGCUCAAACCAUUCUGGGGAUUCCCCUCAGCUCUCGCCAAGUCCCUGACACACUUAUUUGGGUAGGUUCUACAUCUGGGAAGUACACGACAAAGAGUGCAUAUAAAUUACUCUCUAGGACUCCGACUGUUGGACCAUCAAACCCCUCAGCUCACAGUAGUUCCUAG